CCAUCAGCACAUUUCUUUUCGACGAACGUACGCGAGAGCAUGCCAUCAGUGGCGCAGUGACACAGUGACCAUCGCAGUUGAAUAUUUUGACCAAAAGCAGCAGCACCAUCGUGUGCGUGUGUGUGAUUGAAACCGAAAGACGACAUCGCACCGCAGCAAGCCAGCAGGCGGAGCGCUAGAGCUGUGGAACGAGACCAUCGCGGGAAUAAUAGCAGCAAUAAAAAGAGUGUGUUUUAUUCAAUGCUUGCUUCGUUCGGAUCGCGGCUUUGGAUAUACAGUGCGAACCCAGUGUUGUAGUUCUCGAGGGGAGGCUGUUUCAGAGGCGUAUAGAUUGAUUCAUGGUUUUUCGUAUGAUUGGUGAAUGGUGAGAUCGUUCUAUGAAUCAGUUUUUAUCGAAAUUUGGAAGUACGUGAAACACAGUGGAUACAACCCUGGUGGGAGGUUUUCUACACGGUUACUAGUGGUGAAAAGCGCCACCACCGGCCACAUUUGGUACUAAUCCUGCUAGCAGUACAGUGUGAAAUGGCGACAAAUGCAAAAUUGAAUCCAGUGUCAUUGAUGUCUGUGUUUGAACGAGUGUGCAAUUUUCGGCGCAAACUGUAAACCUUUAUAGGUGCAAAAUUUGAGUGUGCGAUUGAGAGUGGGUUUGAAAAACAGUCAAAAUGUCGGCAAAGGACGUUGAAACCGGGGAGGAUAGGAAAAAUUUGCACGCGAGGCAAAAUGACGUCGGUCUAGUGCAGUGUGCCACCGGAGCGAAGACUGCCGUAGAAGCCGAGAUGGUCGGCACAGUAGCGCUCAAUGCGGCAGCCGAACGAACUAGCACUUCGGGAGAAACCCGAACGAGAGAAUCUGUAACCACGGCGCCGACUGCUACGAUGAGUGUAGACGAGAACGACUCGGGUGGUGUUAAUUUCGCUGCUUCUUCCACUGUCGGAGUCGACGGGUUGGCCAUGUCCCCCGGUAGUGGUAGAGGCGGCAGUAGAAGAACGACGGAACAAGGUAGCGAUGGUAGCGACAAAAACAACAGCAAACGCAAAACGCGCCGCGGUAAAACCAAGCGUGGUAAACGGUCAUCCAGUUCGCGACCUUAUUCCAAGUCCCAAUGGAAGUACCAUGUACCCAUGCUGCGAACGUCCGCGGCCAACAAACGUCGCGUUAAGGUAUCCUUGGGGGGACUCACCACUAGAAGUGCUGGCAUCAUCACCACGAAGGAUCCGUUCAUCUUGUCCGAUCAACCACCGCUAGUGCCAUACAACACCAAUCGCUUCCUGAUGGAAGACCACAUGCCCCACGUCCUAACUCCCUCAGGUAGAACCCGUGAUUCAAGUUUUUCUAUAGAUUCAGAAGAAAAUUAUUUCUACUCACUACCAGAGGACGAAGAGGAAUUCCUUACCAAGGAGUUCUCCAGUGUGUACGAAGACGCGCGCUCGGAACGGUUGGAAGGGCUCAGCAAGAGCCAGCUUAUACAGGAGUACUUGCAGCUGGAGGCCAACUAUGAGCAAGUCAUGCGGCGCUACAACGCCGUCAAAUCGCUAUCCAUCAAGGAGGAAAACGAAAGUGCUGUGAAUAAUGCAACGACGACGACGACGGCGUCGACCAAAGAUGCAACCGAGGGGGUGACGGCGGCGCCGGUUGCUGCCGUCGAUCGAAGACGGCUGGAGGACAGAGUUCGAGAACUCACCGCAGAGAACCUAGAACUCCGCCGCCAGCUAGAGCACGCAUCUCGCCUGGGUAUGAUCCUAUCGGCCAAAUCGUCGCCUCGGAACUACGGUGGCGCCUCCGGUGUUGCCCUCGUCGAACGGAUGGACAGUUCCUCCUGCCACGGAACGAGUAGCGAAGACAGCGAAUCGGACAGUUCAUCCUCGACGAGCUCGAGCAGUAGUGAGGACAACGACGUCGAUGAUGGCAGUUCCAGCAGCAUGAGCGACGACGACGUCGUCGGCGUCGGAGAUGACCUGCGGGAACCGCUGGUAGUGCCAAUGGAAGGAUCCGACGAGGCCGUCGUUCCGAUGGAACCGAACGGUUGCCACCAGAAUGGGGAUUUGCUGGCCGAUGACGAAGAGGAGCUGAGCGAUGAGGAGGCGGAUAACAAUGGGGGGCCCAGGUCACCGUUGAGCGGUCAAGGCAUCAAUUCCCCUCCUCCGCCGCCGUUGGUGAUGAACUGAACUGCUCAAACUUCCGCGACGAUGGGAUGGGAGGCUUGUUAACUGGUUUGAACGAGGAUCUUUUGUUUGCUUUAGUUUUUUUAGUAAGAUUGGGAAACAUCAACAAUGAUAGUCAUACUUUUAGGUAAGCUUAAGUGUAAUUUCUCAAUAUUUGAGAACCAUUUUUUUCCUACUUUUAUCAUUUGCUUGAUUUUUAAUGAUUCUCAGAAGAAGUAGUUUUAUGCUUAAUAUAUUAAUUCUGCCUCAACGGAUAAAAGUUUUACUUGAUCUUUGGAAAGGAAAAAAUACAAAUUGUAAAUGUUUUCAACAAGAAUAAAUCCUUAUUGUUUUCUACUUACUUAUAGAAGUUUGGGUUUUUUUUCUGUUUUUUGUAAUCAGCAAUAUUUGCUGGUUAUUUUCCGAGCUGAUAAAAUUCAGUACAAAACAUUGUUGAACUUCAGCAAAACUUUGUUGUAGAUACUGGAGUGCUGAUUAUUCACAACAAUUCUCAACAUUUUUUCAAGUUUUACUGAAGCUCAACAUUUUACUUACACCAAAUGCAGUAAUCAGCCAUUUUUGAUGAAUUUCACCGAACUGAAAA